CUGAAGAUGGAAGUCUGAAGACUGCAUCCUGUUUUUUUGACCAUGAAAACAAAGUUUUCAGCACUAUGCUUCCAAAACGUCUGUUUCCAAUGGACCCUUUCGACAAACCACAAUGGCUGACGUUUUUACGGCAAAUAGGUCUAACUCACAUCGUUUCCAAAGAUUGCUUUAUAACGUUUGCUACUGAAGUGGCACAGGAGGCUUCAUCAGCCCCAAGUGAUAAUACCCGCCAGAAAUCUCAAGUAUUGGUCGAACAUCUCAUCAACCGAGACAACGUAGUGGUUGAAGGAUUGUUGCAAGACAUCUGCAACAUCCCUUUUGUAGUGGGAGAUCCAGUCAGAGAAGACCUCCAAGAAAUUUGCUUACCGUUUGGGGGUUUCACUGGUCGUCAGUCUCCACAUUUCGCCUUCCAUGGGGCAGUUCCAGUAGAUUAUACUGAGACUGUUUGGACGAAAGCAAAUUUACUUCCGAAAUGGGCGAAUCCAAGGCAUCGUUUUCAUGAUUUUGUCCACGACUUCCCUUCGGAUACUGAAAUGAAGCAAUACUACGAUUCGUUUGUGUUCCAACUUCAGAUUCAAGAAAAGCCUUCAGUGGACCUUGUGGUCGCUCACUGCGAAACGUUAUGUGAAGAAGUUGAAAGAAGCAGUGAAAGAACAAACUCUUUCCAUAAAAGACGAUGCAUGAUGAAAGUAAUGGCACGUAUUUACUCAUUCUUGAAUACCAACUUUCUCAGAGGGAUAGACGUAAAGAAAACACUUGCAAAUACACCUUGCAUUUUGGUUGAUAAUGGCCAAAAAUUCAUCUUACCUCGUCAAGCAGUCCUUGAGCUCUACGAGCACCUUGAGAUUAAACCGUUCCUCUAUGGAAUUCCUAAGGAAUUCGGUAGGUUUCAUCCUUUUUUCCGGAACCUUGGCUGCUCAAAAUUUGUUACUCCGGUCCACUAUGCAAUGGUAUUGGACUUACUGCGAAAAAGGUGCCACGGUUCCAAACUGGACCCGAAUGAAGUAAACUUAUGUAAACGUGCAGUAAGAGGUUUCUUUGAUACAGUUCAGCAAAAUAAUGAAGAGUUAAAAGCAAUUUCUCAGCUCUACCUACCAGGAUUGACUCUCACAAGCGUGGGGACGGAGGGCACUGCCAAUGUAAUACCUCUCUAUUUGCACAAGUCUUCAGAGCUGAUUUUCAAUGAUGUCCCGACUUCUUUCCGUGAUCGAUUGCACAAUUUCCGAAAGAACCUCUUACUUGACCUUCGCCAAAUGAAAGUGACCUGCAAUACUACAAGCGUCAAUUACAAAGAGCUCGUGAUGAAGUUACCUGAGUCUUUGAGGCCAAAAUUACUUUCCAAUGUUGUCAAAGAAAAGCUCACUUCUCCAAGUGUUGAAAAUCUAACGAGUACUGCGAUGACCCACUUCAGACACCAGCUUUCAUCUCUGCAUUUUUUUUACGGUAUUGCGAGACUCAUUCGCGACGAGAACUGUAGACAAGAAAGAGAGGGUGAUGACAACAUGAUGGCAAACAUCAAGAUAAGGCUACGCAGCCUCGAGGUUUAUUCCGUCUACAGUCUCAAAACUACACUAUUCUGCAAUGACGAACCCAUCCCAGCUAGUGAGGCAGACGUUCCCUACUUCGUGGACAAAAUGAUGGUUUCCGGUGAGGAAACAUCAAGGGUAUAUAUCAAUGCCUUAACAGAAAGAAGUGAAGACGACUUUACUACGUUAUUAGUAUCUAGUGUAGUUGAGGAAAUAUGUGAAGGACUUCUUGGAAGAAGGGCGUUAUUAAUUCCUCAUAUGCUGAAAUGUCCCCUAGGUGCCAUACGGUCCCACUUAGAUAACUUGAGCGUUCGACCAGACGACUCGUUUUCUGCAGAAGAGCUGGAAAUUCUGCCGCCGCCUGGUAGUUUUAUUCCCCAAGAAGAUCACCAUCGCCUAAAUGAUGACUUUCAAGAGUUUGAACCUGACGACUAUGUUGGAUAUGAGCUUCAUGACCCAAGUUUAGUUAGAGAGGAAGGAGAUGCUACCUAUAUAUACGCUGUAAUUAUCGAAGAAGUAUCGAGUGAAUGUAACAACCGCCUGACAAGGCGUUACAGAAUCAACAUUGGAAAUGGCCAAGAGAAAAUUGUCGAUGCUACGGACCUGUACAAAUUCCACCGUUUGACCGAGUCAUCUUCAACUGCGAUGGUCCUGUGUGAUAGGAUUGGGCAGCCCCCUACCCCAAGAAACAGACAGAGAGUUUUCGAUGAGAUUUCUGACCUUCUAGAGGAAGCGUGGACUCUUCCAGAAGACAAUAGACGAAAAAUAACCAAGCGGCUGUAUUUGCGGUGGCACCCUGAUAAAAACUUAGGCGAUGAGGAAUUCUGCAAAGAGGUAUGUCAGCACACACAGAGCGAAGUUUCACGGUUGGAUAGAGGGGAGCCACGGGGAAUCCCAAGCUCAAGUUCUGGAGGGGGGUCCUACAGGAGGCUCUUUGAUUUAUGGGGAGGGCGUGCAAUGGGACACAACACGCAGCGCCAGAGAUACAGAGGAAGACCACCAUGUCGUGGGAAGAAUCCUCAACCAAGGGAGGCCAGACGUUGGUUCAAACAAGCAGUUGCAGAUAUCCAGGCAGCAAGCAACGAUAUAAUUUAUGAGAGACCUUCGUAUGAGUGGGCAUGCUUCAAAUGUCACCAGGCAGCAGAGAAGGCUUUGAAGGCGGCACAGUAUACAGUAGAUACUGACAGUACAAGGGUCCACGACCUUGUAGAGAUUUGCUGCGAUCUAAAUGAUCCCGAGCUACUAGAUCUAGCAAGGCAAUUAGAGCGUCUAGUUGGUGGUUCUACGCGCAUGCGUUACCCAGACAGAAUGUGUUUUCCCCAGAUUCCAAACGAGGUGUACUCUGCCGAAUUAGCGCAACAGGCCUUGCAGCUUGCUAAGGAAAUUGUUGCAUGCGUACAGAGCAGGAUAAAGGGUCACUCUGAUCAGGAUUCGAUGCAAGGAUGGAAUUCAAUCAUGGUUGUCUAA